AUGCUUUUCUGGCACAGCCAACCCGACCAUUACUGGCCAAGCCCAGGGGAAAUGUAUCCUUGUUCUGGCAGCAAUCUGAUAAGGGAACCUCUAGCAUUGCCAUUCUUGAAGCAGGAGGACCCAAAUAGUAUUUCAACAUCAGCCGAACAACACUGUCCAUCUUUCCAAUACAUUCUGUGUGCUGUUACCUCUCCGGCUGUUAAACAGCAUGAGGAAACCCUCACCUAUCUGAACCAGGGACAGUCAUAUGAAAUCCGGAUGCUGUGCAACCCGAAGAUGGGAGACUUUUCAGAGGGACGUAAGUUGCUGAAGAGUGUGGUCAGAGUGGUAUUCCAUGACCGAAGACUCCAAUAUACUGAACAUCAGCAGCUGGAAGGAUGGAGGUGGAACCGGCCAGGUGAUCGUAUUCUGGAUAUUGACAUCCCCAUGUCAGUAGGUAUCCUGGAGCCCCAUAUUCAUCCUACCUUGCUCAAUACUGUGGAAUUCUUAUGGGACCCAACUAAGCGGACAUCGGUAUUUGUUCAGGUGCACUGCAUUAGUACUGAGUUCACUUUACGUAAGAACGGAGGGGAGAAAGGUGUUCCUUUUCGGAUUCAGGUGGACACCUUCAGGUCCAAUGAGAAGGAUGACUACGUGGAGCACUUGCAUUCAGCCAGCUGUCUCAUCAAAGUCUUCAAGCCCAAAGGAGCAGACAGGAAGCAGAAAACAGACAGGGAAAAGAUUGAAAAGCAAUCCCUUCAAGAGCGUGAGAAGUACCAGCCAUCAUAUGAGAGCACAAUGUUGACAGAGUGUGCCCCAUGGCCGGAAACUGCCAGCAAUCUCCACAGCCCACCCACAACCCCUGGCCUUGUCUCUCCACAUCCUUUCAAGCUUCAGACUCCUGAAAGGGUCUCUUCACCCAGCUAUGCCUUGGACAGCUCAUCAGAGAACAUAGGAGAAAUCCUGAGCCCAAACGCCUCCAUCAUGGAAACUCAACAGUGGUUGCACAAAAACAGGUUCUCCAAUUAUUGCAGGGUUUUCACCAGCUAUACAGGAGCUGACUUGCUCAAGCUUUCUCGCACUGAUCUGGUACAAAUCUGUGGAACAGCAGAUGGAAUCCGACUCUGUAAUGCCCUAAAGGCCAGGUGUGUGCGCCCUCGACUCACCCUUUAUGUGUCCAAGGAACUGGAAACAAGUGGGAACAAUGGGUCCCCCAACCCAGAGUCAGUCAUGUAUCAGGAGUUGUAUUUGGAAGAACUGACUGCCACCGAACUUACCAAUAAACUGGCUGAACUACUCAGCUUCCCAGUCAGCCAAAUCCAUCAGGUUUCCAGACAGGGGCCUACAGGAAUUCACAUCCUUGUCAGUGAUCAGAUGGUCAGAAAUCUCCCAGAUGAAUCAUGCUUUGUAGCAGCUGCAAUAAAAGUGCAGAAUACGGAAGCCUACCACUUAGUCCUAAAAUAGACCUGGACCUAACAGAAGAUAUCCUGCCAGCCUGAAAAGAAGGAACAGAAUGGUAGAGGAGCAGGUGCAAUAAUAACAAUGAAAAACCCACAAGAUCACUGUAUCCCGAAGAACUCAGGAACUCCCACAGCUAAACUCUUCUCGGAUCCUGAACUGAAGGAGCAAACUAUUUUAUUUUAUUUAGACCAAGAGACACUGAAACUGCAAAUAUAACAUCCUGUUCAGCUUUCUAUCCUGCCUUUGAAUUCUUUAAGUGGAUGAGCUCAAUUUUGCAAAACUCUCACUAAUGGGUAGAGGAAGCAACAGAGAUGUCAUGGUUACGCAUAAGGAAGUAAGCACCCAGGUCAGAGAUACUGUGACAGGACUGCAAAGAGU